AAAGACGUUACGUCGCCCUCGCGCCCUUCCCUUGAUUGACGUUUGACACGCGCAUACACACACACGCGCGAGAUAAAAUAUUUGCCCACGUUUGGUACACGCACAUGUUUUACUAAAAGCCUAUGCGUCCUUGCUGGUUAUAGUAGCCUACAUGACAGCAGUAAUUCCAUGCGGACCGUCUUCGGAGUUACUGCGUGUCCUCUGACCCCUGUGCUUCCAAAAUAGAGAAACGACCUUGUGGAGGCUUGAGUCACAGUUGCAGUUGUUGACUGCGCAGUUUUUGGCUGCCAGUCAAAGAGAUUCACACGUCGGCCGUCUGAGGUAAAGACGUAGACGCACUUGACUUGUCGCAAAGUAACCCUACGGGAGUUGUGAGGUUUGUCACUCCCUCAGCAUUCACUCAUAUCGCGGACUAAAAGUUGUCGUAACUUUAGUUUUGGAGCCGACGAGCUUCUCCUGCAGAGACCUCGGCAGUGUUGGACUGGUCAUCACUUGGCUUAUGGGUCCCCUGUGUCUUACAAAUUCCAAGUGACUCCCAUUCAUCUGCAUCAACACGUUCUCCUGAUCUCUUCUGUCUCCUUCAACCAGUGAAAGGGUGAUGAGGUUGGUAGGGACCCUGCAGUUUGUUCUGCUUUUGGCCUUGUCCUCCCAGGCCACGGGCCUCAAUAUCCCUCUGGAAGUGGAGCAGCUUCCAACCAUAAUAACUCACACAUCCGGUUCCGUUAUCGCACUUCCUUUUGACUUCACGGUAAAGAUCAGGUGUGAAGCCAGGGGCAACCCACCACCACAAUACAGAUGGACAAAAGACGGCAAAGACUUUAUCCCUCCACACAUCACAACAAACAAAACAGACCAUACAGAUGGCACUUUAGUGCUUCAAAACAAGCAACUCGUCCAGUUUCAGGGUAAAUACCGAUGCUAUGCUUCCAACAAGCUCGGAACUGCCAUGACAGCGGAGAUUGAACUGAUUGUCCCCAGUGUCCCCAAGUUUCCGAAGGAGGGAAGUCCACCCUUUGUUGUUAAGGAGGGAGAGCCAAUCACCCUGCACUGUAACCCUCCAGAAGGUGUAGCCCCACGCCAGCUCUACUGGAUGUCUAUCGGUCUCCAGCACAUUGAACAGGAUGAGAGGGUUUCCAUGGGCAUUGAUGGCAACCUGUACUUCUCUAAUGCCUUACAGAAUGAUAGCCGUCAGGACUACUGUUGCUUUGCUGCCUUUCCCAGAAUACGCACCAUCGUCCAGAAGCCUGCCAUGGCUGUCGUGGUCGAGAGCUCUGAAAACCCCCCAGUGAGGAAACCCAGCCUCUUGCUGCCCUCUGGUGUUCAGACAGAGAAGGUGCUGCUGAAGGGAGAGACAAUGCGUCUAGAGUGUAUACCGCAGGGAUAUCCCACUCCGAAGGUAAAAUGGAUGAAAAUGGGAGACAAGUUACCUCGACGGGCAAAAUUUGACAACUUUGGAAAGGUGUUGACCAUAUCUGCAGUGGAAGAAAGGGAUGGGGGAAAAUACAUGUGCACAGCCAAAAACUCUGCUGGAGAGACUGUCCAUUACUUUGAUGUAAUAGUGGAAGAGCCGCCGAUGUGGCUGACAGAGCCUCCUCAGAGCCAGCUGACUGUGAUUGGGUCUGAUGUUCACAUCAAAUGUUCUGUCAGCGGAAAACCACCGCCCGACAUAACAUGGAGGAGGAACGGAGAAUUGUUCAGAGAUGACCCACAGAACAACAGGCGAGUGCUUGAUGACACUGUGGUGCUCCAUAACGCCAGACCAGAAGACAGUGCCGUCUACCAGUGCGACGCCUCCAACAGUCACGGCAGUCUUCUGGCCAACAUUAACAUCAUGGUCAUGAACAUGGCUCCUCUGAUACUAACAAGGGACUACCAAGAGUACGCUGUAGUACAAGGAGGGGACAUUAUCAUGAACUGCAGUGUUUUCGGCUCUCCACCACCCACCACCUCUUGGCACAAAGCUGAGACUCAAGAAACCAUCAAGGGGGAACGUUUUCACCAGAACGGAUCUUUGCGGAUCAUCAGUGCAGAAAAAAACGACAGUGGGGAAUAUGUGUGUGUUGCCUCAAACACAGAGGGCAAGUUGGCUGUCACCGCUGUGCUCAAUGUUAAAGACCGUACAAGAAUAGUAAGUCCGCCUCAGGAUGCCCAAAUUGUCAGUGGGACCACAGCCCAGUUGAUGUGCCGGGCAGAGUAUGAUAAAAGCCUGCGAGGCUCCUUUGAGGUAUUGUGGAGGAAAGAUGGGGAUGAGAUCCCACUUUCCAGUGAGGAAAAUUCCAGAUACUUUGCGUACGAUGGUAGGCUGCAGAUCAUGAAUGUAAACCUGAGUGAUCAGGGAAUAUAUACAUGCGUUGCUAGAACCAGCCUAGAUGAGGACAAUGCCACUGCACUACUCACCGUAUUGGAUGUUCCGGAUGCGCCAAAAAAGUUAGAAAUAUCUGAAAUUAAAAGUCCGAGAAACAUCUGCCUGUCUUGGGUGCCUGGGAGUGAUCACAAUAGCUCUGUAACAGAAUUUAUAGUGGAGUAUGAGGAGAGCCAGUGGGAGCCUGGCAGUUGGAAGGACCUACAGAAAGUCCCCGGUAACCAGGCAACAGCAGAGGUGGCACUCCAUGGACACCUUAACUACCAGUUCAGAGUGUAUGCUGUUAAUGCUGUUGGACCUGGACCCCCCAGUGAGCCCACUGAGAGAUACAAAACACCCCCUGCUGCCCCUGAUAAGAACCCUGAAAAUAUCAGAAUUCAAGGCCCUCUUCCUCAUCAAAUGGACAUUAGCUGGAAGCCACUGUUGCCUAUUGAACACAAUGGCCCUGGCCUCGAGUACAAGGUGAGCUACAGGAAACUGGGAGUGGAGGAUGAGUGGAAGGAGCAUCUGGUCAGAAGACAUUCGUUUGUUGUGAGGAACACGUCCACAUUUGUCCCUUACGAGAUCAAAAUUCAGAGCAGGAACAGCCAUGGCUGGGGACCAGACCCUAAAGUGGUUACUGGUUACUCUGGAGAAGAUGUCCCUACUGCAGCACCACGGGAUGUAGCAGUGGAGGUGCUCAACACCACUAUUCUCAGAGUUAGCUGGACCCCAGUUCCACCUGCCACAGUGAGAGGUCAUCUAGGGGGCUAUGAUGUACACUGGUUGAGAAAAUGGAGUCUGCUGAAUCCCAACAAGACUUUCAAUGAGCGCCAGUCCAUGUCUUUUCCUGGGAAGAGGACUCACGCCAUUGUGCCGGGCCUCAAACCCUUCUCUGAGUACAGACUCACUGUCAAUGUUUUUAACAAGAAAGGCAAUGGACCCAGCAGUGACCCGGUCACUUUCAGCACUCCAGAGGGAGUUCCAGAGCAAGUGCCCAUCCUGACUGUGUCCAAUGCCCAAAUGGACUCUGUUUUGUUGGUAUGGGGCCCACCCCUGGAGACAAACGGGAUCCUCACCGGUUAUUUCCUGCAGUACCACCUCAUUAAUGAGACAACGAUGGAGGUGGUUGAUUCCCAUGAGAUAAACAUCACUGUGGCUGACACCACCCAGUGGAGCCUUCAGGGCUUAGAAGAGCGCAGCCUUUACCGCUUCCAGCUCAGUGCUUGCACUCGAGCAGGUUGUGGACCCACAUUUGCCCAGGAGAGCAUCACUCCUGUUCAAGAACGCCACAACUGCUCUCUCUCCUUUACCAGCUCUAUCCCUGGCAAUUCUACUCAUCCUCCUUUAGUCCCAGCUCUGUUGAAUAUAAGCUCUUAUGUGAGUGACACCUUUACCAAAAUCAGCUGGACUGCCAGGGAAGAGCAGCAGGACUCGCGGCUUUAUGUGGCUUAUAUGAAUAACCGUGAUGGUAACUGGCGGAUUUCAGAGGCUGUAAACACUUCUCAAAGUUUCCACAUAAUUGAUGGGCUCAAACCCGGGGCCGUGUACACCGUACGCCUCAUGGCCAAGGGGCUGCUCGAUAAUGCUAGCAUUUUCGAAGAAGUUAUCCAGACUCGAGUCACAGGUGUAGAAGGUCAACGGAGCAACUUUUCGACCCAGGGCUGGUUCAUUGGGACCAUGUGUGCUGUGGCACUCCUCACUCUUGUCGCGCUCAUGGCCUGCUUUGUGCGCAGGAACAAAGGUGGCAAGUAUGCAGGUACGCCGCCGCCGCCCCAGCGUCAAGACACGUUCUCCAUGCAAAAAGUGAAAGAGAAGGAGGACCUCCACCCUGAUGUGGAGUCACAAGGAUUGAAGGAUGACACCUUCUGUGAAUACAGUGACAGCGAAGAGAAGCCACUGAAGGGCAGUAGCUUGUGCUCCUUGAAUGGCGAUGACACGGUGGGGGACAGUGUCAGCAGGGACAGCCUGGUUGACUACGCCGACGGAGGAGGAGAAUUCAGUGAAGACGGUUCAUUUAUUGGAGAAUAUUCCGGACGAAAGCACGGCGGCUCUGUUAGCGAGCCCAGUGGACCCAGCACAGUCACGGCAUAAAGCCAGGCUUCAGUUGAAACGGACUACUUUCGUUUCAAGUCGUUUCAAGAUACUUUUUAAAUUCAGCUUCCCUGAUGUUAAAUAUAGCUUGAAUACCCAAAAAUGAUGGAAUAAUGACUAUGACUCAAAUGUGCCGAAGUAUUUUGCAGCACACAGAAGUUUUACCCGGAGAGCAGAAAGGACAGAUUACACCCACAGUGCACAUGAGUGUGAGGACCAUGUGAGCCUUUGUACAUACUGUAAGAGGAUGGCCUGCAUUGUUUCAGUGUUUCAUGAUUUUAUUAAUGAUAAUAAAGUGGGUUUUUUUUGUACCUCUAAGCCACAAUCUUAAACAAUGUAUGUUGAUAUUGUUCCUUCACAGCAUUCAGAGGACGAAUAGUCAUUUUCCACAAUGUGAAAAGCAUUGAACAUGCCAGUAUAUAUGUUUUUUUAUUAUUUUGUUGUUGUUUUUACAUAGUAGAUGAGAAUAACAAACAGACAACAUGGCGGUCAGUCAGUUUUGAUACACUACAGGAUAUGUUUAUUAUUAAAUCAGGCUUUCAACAUAUGAAACCAACAUCUAACAUCUGGAAAUGCUUUAUUGUCUGUUACUGUAUAUUUUAUGUACAUAUAUUGGAUUUUUUUGUUUAUAUGCAAAUAUGUGAAAGUUGAUAAUUGGUUUAUAAUCAAAAUGCUGGUGAUACCAUUUAUAUCAUUAUAUAAAAGAUAUUUUUGAACUUUAUUUGUUUUUAUGUUGCUUUUAUGGAGAGGAGCCAGCAAAAACAGAAGAACAAAUUCACACGUUAAAUUAACUCACCAGGCCUGUGGUUUGUUAGAGGAAUUACAGCACAAAAUGAUACUGGAAUGUUACAGACAUGGCUGAAUUCAGCUUGUUAUUCUCAGAGGGGAAACUCAUUGCAAAUCCUGAAAAUAUAUUUGCAUUACCUCUGCAAUCCAUGCAAAGAAUUCUUACAUGCUUAAUGCAUGUUCCUAAAAUAUUCUUCAAGAAUAUAACUCAAAUAAAUUUGAGAUUUGACUUAUUCAACAAUCUAACUAAAACAGAUGUGUUAAAACAGGAUAUAGCAGUGGUGCUGGCUUAUGUUUCAUGUGUAACGUUCACCACUGAGCUCUUUAAGAUGCAAAGACCUGUUUAAAAGCAACAGAGACUCUUGAAAACCAAAAAGAUGCAGUUAGAUGUGUACUUUGUCACAAAAUAAAGAUGUUUUGCACUUCAAACCAAAAAGAGCAAA